AUGCUGCGCUGUGCCCCUAGCAAGCUGUUCCGCGCCACGCCGCUGCUGCGUGUGUGGGCCGCGGAGGAGGACGACGCGAGCGCCCCGCGGACAACCUUCAGGAACGUGAGGCCUGGCCGGCUGCUGCGGCUGUGGCGCCAGAUGCGGCACCGCGCAUGGAUGCUGUACGCGUGGGAUGAGGAGUGGGUGUCGCCGAUGCAGGAGGGCUACCUGCACCAGCAGCGUCUCGAGCAGGUGUGCUUCGCGCCGCUGUCCGCGUACGGCGUGGUGCCUGGCAGCUACUGCGAUCCACUGCUGUACAACACGAAGAGCACGUCGCCGUUCCGGUGGCACGUGGCGAACGUGCAGGGCGACAUUGUCGGACACUGGUACAUGGACGCCGACGAGCUGUUCCGCAUCGAGGACUGGCAGCCGAGGGAGCCGGACGACCCGCUGGAGAUGUUCCCGCGACCGCCGCCGAUGCUGCUGCGGUGGGACGAGUCGGUGGACGAGCACGGCAACCGCGCGUUCCGGUACAGGUACCACUACGAUAUGAUGGGCCCCACGGGCAAGUGGGAGGCGUACCCGCGGUGCCCCUUCUCUCACCUUUACCAUGGCGGGCCAGACCAGCACGGACGCGCUGAGGGGUACGGCUUCCAGCAGGGCCACCUCCUGCGCUGCGACGAGGCGGAGGAGGAGGUGCUGCGCCGCAUCAUGGAGGGGGAGGACAGGGAGUGGGAGAUGGUGAAGCGGACGGAGGCGGUGCAGGAGCCGUGGUCGUACCCGGGCAAGAUCCGCCCGAGGGACUUUGAGGGGGCGGUGGAGCGUGCGAAGGCGCGGUUCCGCGAGCGGGUCCGACACGGCAAGGAGACGGACCCGAGCGAGGACCCCGAGUACGACCUUGUUCAGGCCAGCGAGUACGUGGAGCCGCGCGAUGGGCGGCGGGCGGAAUGGCGGCAUUUGUGA